UUUUUGUUAAAUAAAAUAAAUGGUCUGAAACCAAACAGACCCGUAAACCUAAGCAAGUCAAUCAAAGCUUCAAUCUCUGUCUCUCUCUCCGUUUCUCUUAAUUCAUCAAUCGUCGAUCUCUGUGACUUCUCUCAUUUCGCUCUGCUAGGCAUUCGGCAGAGCCACGGUGUGGAUCGGAGACAAUCCAGGCAGCAUCGUGGGCCUACGGUUUAGUCGUUUCAGCUCUUCAGAGAGAAUUCCAAAGAAAUUUAAUGUCACACCGUGAGUUAACCCAUUGAUCAGACACCUUAAAUGACUCAUCAAGGGUUCAUAAAUUUACCAAUCAAACCAUGGCACGACACUGAGCAAAUAACAACCACAAUAUCAUCCUCAUACUGAAAACAGUUAAUGUGCACCACUUCUAGUUUGAAGACCCUCAAACACUUCCUCUCAAAAAGGCCAAUUAAUCUGUGCUGCUGUUCCUUUCAUGUCGGUUGCUUCAAACUCCAAACCAAAUUCUCCAAAACCCAUUACCCAGAACUCAGUUUUGAAGAUUCUCAACUCCUCCUAUGCCUUUCCAACAAUAAUUUUGAAGAUGCUCGUGACCUACUCGAGCAAAUACCUCAAAGAGAUAACUCUAGCCAUGUUGUGGGUUGGACUUCAUUGCUUUCAAAAUACGGGAGAGAUGGUUUUGUUGACGAAGCUCGAACACUAUUCGAGAUCAUGCCUGAGAGAAACGUGGUAACAUAUAAUGCAAUGAUCUCAACUUACCUGCAAUGGGGGAGGUUGAAUGAUGCAUAUCGAUUGUUUGAAGUGAUGCCGGAGAGGAGUGUGGUGUCAUGGACUUCGAUGCUUUGUGGGUUGAUGAAUGCGGGGAUGGUUGAUCAGGCAAGGGAGUUGUUUAUUGUGAUGCCAGAGAGGAAUGUGGUUUCUUGGAAUUCAAUGGUUGUCGGGUUGGUUAGAAAUGGAUAUUUGGAGGAAGCAAGGCGAGUUUUUGAUGUUAUGCCGACCAAAAAUCAAGUUUCUUGGAAUGCUAUGAUUUCGGGGUAUGUUGAGCAUUGUAGGAUGGAAGAAGCAAGAGCAUUGUUUGAGAAGAUGCAUGGCUACAAUGUGAUUACUUGGACUAGCUUGAUAGCCGGUUACUGUAGGGUUGGCAAUGUGGAAGAGGGGUAUUUCUUAUUUCGAAGAAUGCCCGAGAGGAAUGUUGUUUCUUGGACAGCCAUGAUUGGCGGGUUUGGUUGGAAUGGCUUAUACAGAGAUGCCUUGUUGCUUUUUAUUGAAAUGAGAGAGAACUAUGACAUAAAACCAAAUGGUGAGACUUUCAUUUCACUUGCUUAUGCUUGUGCAGGUGUGGGUCAUCCUCAGCUGGGCAAGCAAUUACAUGCAUAUUUGAUAAUUAAUGGUUGGGAUUGUGCUGAAGGUGAUGGAAGGUUGUCUAAGAGCCUAAUUCACAUGUAUUCAAUGUUUGGUAUCAUGGAUUAUGCACAUUGUAUAUUUCUUAAAAAUUUGAAAAGUUGUACAGUUCAGUCUUGCAAUUCUAUGAUUAUUGGUUAUAUUCAGAUUGGACAGUUGGAAAAUGCACAGAUUUUGUUUGACACAGUACCCUUCCGAGACAAAAUUUCAUGGACUUCUAUGAUCAGUGGGUAUUUUAGUGCUGGCAAAGUAGAAGAGGCAUGUGAUUUUUUUAAGAGAAUGCCUGAUAAAGAUGAUGUUGCAUGGACAACAAUGAUAUCAGGGUAUGUCCAAAAUGAAUGUUUUGCAGAAGCUACCUGCUUGUUUGCAGAAAUGCGAACUAAUGGAAUAUCACCACCAAAUUCUACAUAUUCUGUUCUUCUUGGAGCCGCUGGUGCAUUGGCUAAUCUUGAUCAAGGCAAGCAGUUCCAUUGUUUGUUGACAAAGACACUGCCGGAACUUGAUUUAUUUAUUGAGAAUGCUUUGAUUUCAAUGUAUGCAAAAUGUGGGGAGAUAGAUGAUGCACAUGGCAUCUUUUCAAAUAUGAUAUCUCGGGAUUUGGUUUCUUGGAAUUCCAUGAUAAUGGGAUUUGCACAUCAUGGGCUAGCUAGUGAAGCUCUAAAGCUCUUCGUAGCCAUGCAGGAAUCUGUAAUUUGCCCAAAUUCUGUUACUUUCUUGGGGAUUUUGUCAGCGUGUAACCAUGCAGGUCUUGUUGACCAAGGGUGGGCGUUAUUUAGUGCCAUGAAUAAUGAAUACUCAAAUGAACCAGGCUUGGAGCAUUAUAUUUCUAUGAUAAAUCUUUUAGGCAGAGCAGGCAAACUAGAGGAAGCAGAAGAGUUUGUUCUGAGCCUGCCUUUUGAGUUAGGUCAUGCCGCUUGGGGGGCAUUACUUGGUGUGUGUGGAUUUGGUGAGAAGAAUGCAGAGAUUGCUAAACGUGCAGCCCAAAAACUCCUUGAGUUGGAUCCGUUGAAUGUACCAGCCUUUGUGGCACUACGCAAUAUAUAUGUAGCAACUGGAUGUCACAUUGAAGAGCAAACACUGAGGAAGGAUAUGGGAUUGAAGGGGAUGAAGAAAGUUCCUGGAUGUAGUUGGAUUUUGCAGAAAGGGAGAGUUAAUGUCUUUCUCUCUGGCGAUAGAUCGCACCCGCAAUCUGAUGAGAUAUUUUCACUUUUAUUUGGAAUUGCUGGUGAAUCAAAAUUACAAGGAGAUGAAAUGUUCAGCAGACUAAGUUCUAGAUAAGAUUUUUCUUCCAUUUGGUUGUAGGACUAUUGAGGAUGAUUGUAUGUUCAAGAUUAGAUCGUCAUACUUCACCAUUUUUUCUUGGAGUUAGGAGAUCUUCUCUUUUCUUGGGAUGUUGGGCGCAAAUGCUGCCAUGUUUUUUGUUUUGUUAUUUCCAUUUUUUUCUCAGAGUUA